AUGGUAGUCUCACUACUACUCUUGCAUUCCCCGAAAACGCAGACAAUAGCUCGUCUAGAGAGCAUGGAGCUCGAAAAACCACCAUACAAUGGAACGACGGAUCACGGCGAUACGCUUGACUACAGUGAGGAUUCAACUACCGACUCUCUCCCGGACCGUGUGGAACAGACAAUCAUCCAGAUGCCUGUGAUUGAUUCUGACCUGGUAACGGAUGUGUCGCAGUACUUUAUCGACUACCCCAUUGAGGAGCCAUAUGAAAACAAAUUUGGCGAGCUCGGACGACGCUGUCGGGUCUUGCGUGACUGGUUGGCUUACGCUGAGAAGACUGAUCCUACAACCAGGGACCUCCUCCUCGCUGCUGUCAACCGAGUAGCCUUGUCCUCGUUUCCAUUCCUUCAAAAACCUCCGGGGCAACCGCCGUCAGAGCAGCCUUUUACGGAUCUUCGCGCCUCCUUCGAGGCUGGCUCUGCAGGUAUCGUCAUUCCGACCAGCGACAAGACGCUCCGCUUCGCCGCCCAUCUCAUCGGCUCUCUACGUUCCGUCCUAGGCUCCGCUCUGCCCAUUCAAGUCGUCUAUGCAGGCGAUCGCGAUCUUAAGUCACAAAGCCGAGAUUAUCUAUCCAGCUUGGCCGAACAGGGUCCCCCAAUCGAGUUUUUGGAUAUCUUCACUAUCUUCGAUGACACCACGUUGAAGCUCCAGUCCGGCGGGUGGGCAAUCAAGGCGUUCGCCGCUCUAGCCUCGCGGUUCGAGCGAGUAAUCCUCGCCGAUGCCGACGCUGUUUUCUUCCAGCCCCCAGAAGUGCUCUUCGAACAUGAUGCAUUCCUUCGCUCGGGGUCUCUCCUCUUCCACGACCGGCUGCUAUGGAAACACCAAUUUGCAAGUCGCCACGCGUGGUGGAAAGAUCAGAUCCGGCGUCCGAGUCCAGCAAUGAACUCCUCCCGUGUGUGGACCGAAGACUACGCUGAAGAGGGUGACUCGGGACUGGUUGUCAUGGACAAGAGCCGAAUCGAUGUUCUAGUCGGUUUGCUCCAUGUGUGUUGGCAGAACACCCACGCGGUGCGCGAGGAGGUGACAUAUCAAAUCACCUACGGGGACAAGGAGAGCUGGUGGAUGGGCAUGGAGCUCGCGGGGGCUGGUUAUGAGUUCUCGCAGCAUUAUGGAGGGAUUGUUGGAUGGGUCGAUGUGGAUGGAUACCUGCCAAGGGUCUGCAGCUUCGUCAUCGCCCAUGUCGAUGCGAAGGAUCAACUACUGUGGUGGAAUGGAAGUCUCUUGAAGAACAAAGGAAUACAGGCAAUGGAGAAAGUGUACGACAUCCCGACGAACUGGAUGAUCGAUGCCGAAUGGCGGAAGGGUGAUACGAAACAGGACAUGAGCUGUAUGGUUGGCGGCGAGGUCCGGAACCUCACCAGCAACCAGAUCCAUACGUUGGAGAGAUCGAUUGAACUGGCGCAGCGUGUCGAUGCCGUCAUUCUAGCUCCGGAGUGA